AUCCAAUUUAUUUGGAGGACAACUCUAUUAAAAUUUUUUCCUUACGUUACCGAACUCCACCCUUCAUCUCCCUAGCAAAAUGAGACUAAGAAGCAAUUCUUAAAAUAGCUUGAGUAAUCUUUCUUCACUUGCUUAGGUUUUCGCCUUAAUCUAGCUCGGAAUCAGAAUGCACAUUUCAAAAUCCACCAUCACUGAUAAAGGCAUUACGAUCUCUAGAGGAAGAGAGAUUAGGGCUUUGACUCUCUUCUCUCACAAACCAUUUCAUAUUCUUCUCCGGUCACUGGCUCACCGUCACUCUUCUUCUUCCUCGCAAGCUCAGAACACCAUGCCGCGCCUCCAAUUUCUCUCCACAUUCCAAUCUCAGUCCAUCCAAAUUUUCCCACAAACUCUCCCUCCCUUUUCCGCCAUUGAAAUCGGAGCUCCAUGCUCCGAGGUACUCUUUCUCCAUCUUUCUCUCAUUCAUUUUUAGGGAGACAGGUUUGAUACAGAUAGGAUCCGAUUGUCUUAACAAGUAUACAAUAAUUGAAUAAUCUAUAUGUAUAUGUGGGAAAUGGAAAUCAGUUCUUCAAAGUUAAUUACAUUCAUUGGAUGUUAUGAUGCUUAGUUAUUUCUUUUUAUAGCUUUAUUUCAUUGCUUUUAUGUGUUGAUUCUUAAUCUCUGAAAAUUGAUCUAGAACAAGAAAUUUUGAGGUUUAGUUUAGAUAAGUGGCUACUUUCAUGUUGAUUAUAAUUUAUGCAUGUAUCUCUGUGGGCAUCUCCGUUCUCGGCGCUGCUUGGUAAUGCCUUUUCCCUUGCAUUUUUCGUUUACUAUUCUCUGUUUUUUUUUCUUCUUCUCAUGUUUGAAUCUGAUUAUGUAAUAGUUGAAGAUGAAUUUAUAUAACCGGUUGUAGCUUGAAGAACCCCUUAUUAUUGAAAUCAGUGUUAACGAUGGCAGAUUGUGGGCAAAGAGCCAAAAUUCUGCAAUAAAGUGUGACAUAUGGCACCACCAUCCUUCACAUAUUUGACCGUGGAGGAGAGCCAAAAAACCGCCACCGAUAUCCUGCCAUGGCCGAUAUUUGACAACACAUAUUGGAAUAUGAUUUUAUUGAAGGAUUACACAAAUAUUGGAGCUAGAUGGGUAGAAGCACUCAAUGUUAAUGAAUAUUGGCCAUGGAAAAUAUCAGUGGCGGUUUUUAGGCUCGUCACAAAGGUAAAUAUCGGCGAUAUUGCGGGUUUCCGUCUUAAUCCGCUAUGACGGCGCCACAAAGCAUCCAAUAUGACGGGAUUUUGGCUCUCUGCCAUAGACUGAUAUGUGCAUUGACAACACUCGAAGCACCUAUGGAUCCCGAAGAGAGGUCAAAUGAAAUCUAUAUAUCCUACCAUGCUUGUUCAACUAGUUGUAGAAGGACUGUUUUGUUGUUUCAUUUGUAUAUGUUAGCAUAACAAGCUAAUUAGAUGUUCAAAGCUUAGUCAGCAUUUAAUUCACGAGUCUGCAUAUAGAAUUUGCCAGUAUGAGGUUUAGUUUUAAAUAAGACAAACUCUAAUUAAAUGGUUUCAUGAAUCACUUAGUAGAAGUAACAUGAUUCCAUGUCGUCAUUAAGUACAUUUCAUAAUUGCUUUCAUGUGUUGAUUGUCAUGAUAUUUUGUUGUAUGAGAUGAAAGAUGCGAGGAGGCUGCUCGGUAGACUGCUCCUGUGGAAAAGGUUGAGGAGAAAGCAUUGGUUAAUUUGGCCAAAGUAAGAGCCUAUACUUUUCACUUUCUAGAGAAAAUACUAACUCCUUGUAAUCGACUAUGUAAAUUUUUUAAGGAUUAUUCAUAUCAUGUUAAAAGUUAACUCUAAACCAACGAAUUUGUUAAAUGUGUCUCUGACUAUUCUGGAAAUUCAUUCACCCUGGAUUUGUAUUUCUUAUGAAGUCUUGAUACUCCAAAGUGGCUGAAGUAUCGGUGUCUGACACGUCUCCAACACCGGUACGUACCAAUGAAGUGUCAACCAAUUAAAUUUUAAUAUUUUUUUAAACUGUCCGAAACGUCUGGGAUACUACGCCCGGUAUACAACAUAAGGAUACUGAUACACACAGAUUAUGGUGGAGGGAACCGAUACAAUCAGGAUACAGCACAACAAUAACAGUACAACAUACACAAUUUUUAAAAAUCUUUUCUUCCCUAUUUUCUUUUAAAAAAAUAAUAGAAGAAAUGGAAAAACAUAUAAAAGGAAUGAUAAGGAGUUAAGAGUUGAGGAGUCAGAGCAUAAUAAAACACUUCAUUGUCUUUUGAUGAUGAGAAUGUGAGAGAGGAGACCAACACCAUUAGAGUUAACUAUUAAGUAUUAAACAUUAGACAAGGAUGUUCUUUUUUUAUUUUGCUAAUGUGUUCUUUUUGUUUAGUACUAAUGAUGUUUUUGUUAUAUUCUACUUGGGGCAGAACAGAUUGAAUUGUCCCUUAUUUUUAGUUAUGUUUCUCUAUUGUGCAUUUAUAUAUUUUUUAUUUAAAGUUAGUUUUUUAUUAAGGAAUCUUAGCUGUAUCGUAUUUUGAAUUUGAAAAUUGUUCCGUAUCUGUAGCGUACCGUGUAUUAAGUAUAUGAGCUUCAUGGCAUAUUCCUUUUUAUUGCAACAGAUACUUUGUUAUAGAAAUAUUUUUUUUAUUCACAUGGUUCUCUAUUAGGCUUACCAAAUACUUGUGGUAUUGAUGAAGGUGAGGUUCUGAGAAAUGUUGCUAUCAGGGAACUAAGAGAAGAAAUAUGAGUUAGUUCAGCAGAAGUGAUUGCAAAGAUAAAAAUUUCAAAUUUCUUUACGUGCUUUGUAGACUUGAGCUCCUAAAUAUUGCAUAUCCCUACUAGGACUGUAUGGUCAAGUGCCUCCCUUUAAUUGUAAUUGGAAAGACAUGGAAUAAGGGAUAUUUUGUUUGAAUGUGCUGAACAGUUAUUCUUUGAUGAGGGUUAAAUACUAACCGAGCCUGUCCUUUGGUUUUUAGCCAGUUUCUCUUUAGUUUUCAUUUUGUUGUUGGUGUCUAUGUUAGUUCCUGGUGCUAUUCUUGAUUAUUUGGCUGGUAUUUGUUUUUUGGUAUUGAAAUUCUGACGGCCCUCGUGUGUAUUAAACUCUGUUGUCUCGGUGUUUGUAGGAUAGUAGUAGUGGGAUGCUCUGCCUUUGUUUUUCCCCUUGCUAGUACGCUUUGUGCUCGGUUUGAGUUGUGUUAAUAUAUUUAGCCGUUUCAAAAAGAAAAUCACCAUGCAAUGUGAUUAGCUUGUGUUUCAACUUGAGCUGAUAUUAUUUCUGAAGAUUUUCUUUUGUUUCUCUAUUUUUGUUAGAUUACUUGCUGGUUUUUAAAGUAUCAGGCGAAAUUGCUUGCUUUUGGAUAUUUGGCGGGCACCUGUAGGAGGCCUGGAUUUUUAUUUAAAAGUCCUUUGCAACGUUUAAGCAGUGGCUAAAUGGUAUUUUUUUAAGAAACAUUAAAAUAGUACAUGUUAAUUCGGUUAGUGCUUUACUUGAAUUAAGAAGUUUUUAAAGUCAGCUCAAAAUCUGAAUUGACAGCUCAAAACUUGUUAAGUCGCCUGGUAUUAAGUCAGGCAAGAAGCCAACUUUAGAAGUCUUUUUUAUUCAACCUCUAUGCAGCUUCUUCCCCUAUUUUUUGUUAAGGCCCUGUUUGCGAGUUAGGAGGGGGAGGGAGAGCUUCUGAGGAAGGAGUUUUAAAGAAAAAAUAGAGAAAUAUUUAACAUUUUUUUGAAAAAAUGAUUUUGUUUAGAAUGAUAAAUAGAUGUUAGUAUACUUUUAAUUUUCAAAAUAUUAUAACAACAUAGGUUAUAAUUGAAGAAUUUAUCUAAACCCUCCAAAACCCUCCAAAUCCCUCCUUCAAUACAAUUUAUUAGUUCCUCGAAACUAGGGGAUUUUUGUAUUAUGAAUAAAAUUAAACCUUCCAAAACCCUCUCCACCUAAACAAAGCCCUCCCUUCCCUUUUUUCAAAGCCCUCCUUUCCCUCCAAACUCCCAAACAAAGUCUACAGUAAAUAUACGCGAGGUCCAAGUAUCUUUGGUUACUUAUUGGUUUCUUCAAGUUUAACAAUGGUGUUUCUAUGAAGCAAGAUUCACCGUAUAUAAACUUGUGUUAGCCUCAACCAAGAUAGCUAAUGAAGGUUUAUUUGUGGCUUUCAUCGAUGUUUAAGUGUCUGUAACCUAGUAGAGCAAAACUCUAGCGUUCCCUACUCGGUGUAAGGCUUGCCUAAAGCAUGGAGUUGUCUCCAAUUGUCUUUUAAAUGGACUCUUGAGUUGUGGUUCAAAUGGUAUUGUUUAAAAUACUUUGAUUUAAAAAAAAAUGUCAUACACUAAAUUUCAUAUAUGGUAGUAAUAGAAACAGAUAUAAUUUUUGAAGAAAAAAAAUACCGGCAUUUAGAGUGGUGGCCCAAGAGCCCAUAGAAAAUAAGGAGUAACAAGUAAAGCAUCAAGAUGCAUUAAUCAUUAUUUUUACUAAAAAAAAACAUUUUAUAUAGUGAGGAUAUUGUGCAAUGUCGGGUUUUUUCCCUCAUAUUUAAAGGGUGGUAUUGCUUCCUUCGCUCAAUUAACACUCUUGAUUCUUGUGCCUUCGUCGAAGUUAGGCUGCGCUCUUCUCGAUUCAUCAAUGGCCUCAAAUAGCAUAACUGCAACAUCAAGAUCUAAAGUUUGUAUCGAUUUCCAUUCUCCUAUUUACUUUUGCUUUCUUUAAUUCCAUUCCUUUUAGGUUUUCAUUUCUCAUUUUCAUAUAUAUGAUAGUGAUUCUUCAAAAUUCAACUCCGACGAUUGCACGUUACUUUUUUUCUAAUGAGAUCAAGAAGUGUUGUAACCAAAUAAUCAUUUCAUCGAAUCAUUGUGUAGAUGCAUAUAUUUUUCUAUGUAUCAGUGAUAUUUUAUUCCAUGGACAGAAACAACAUGGAGAGGCUGCUAUUGAUAAUUGUCAAAUCUUGAAGAACAAAAUACAUUCGUUAAAAGAAAAGAUCCAAGACGAGCGACUUAAAUCAAUUAAAGAUAAACUUUGGAUAAAUAGGGAGAAUCUUCGGUUUCAACUUUCCGAGGUCAUGGCAGCAGUGUCAAGAAAUACCUCAUUACAGACCGAGGAAGUUAACGCUAAAAUGCUUUCUUCAAGAAUUGACAAUCCUGUCAGUAAGUUUAGUGGUUUCCGUCAGGGUUUAGGAAGGAGAGAACAGAUACAAAAUCAAGAUGUAUCCUUUGAGAAAAGUUUCAACUUACCAAGCUCUGAAAAGAUACCUCCAUAUACAUUUUGGUUACAUUUGGCCAGGAAUGAGAGAAUGACCAAAGAUCAAUCAUUUGCGGCAAGAAGAAACAUAUACUAUCAACAUGGUGGUGAAACAAUGAUAUGUAGUGACACCGAAGAAGAGUGCAAAGAGAAUAAAGAAGCUAAACAUUUUUCUCAGGGUGAAGACCAAAUUCUAUGGAUGGUAUUUGAGGAACAUGAUUUUACUGAGGAGGCAUUGAGUGUUGUUCAGAGCUGUAUUGGGGGCACUCACUCAGAGAUUCAGGAGAGGUAUAAAUAUCUCAAGGAAAAGGACAUGCAUGCUAAAAAUUCUCGAGAAAGUGAAUCUAUUACUGGAAUAUGUUUGGACAAAAGUUUGAGUGCCAGUUUAAGUACUUUUGAUCACUUUUUCUGUCGUCGUUGCAUGAUCUAUAAUUGUCCUUUACAUGGAUGUUCACAACCCUUAAUAUAUCCUAGUGAAAAGCAAUCAGUUUGGAAUGAACCAGAAGGUGAGAGUAAACCCUGCAGUGAUAAUUGUUACCUUAAGAUAGUGGAUGUCAAUACUUCAUCAGAAAAACCAACUCUAGAGUCUUCUCCGUAUAAAGAAAUUAAAAAAACAGAAACUGUUGAAAUGGAUUAUCAUUUAGAUCUCAAUUCAGAUGUUAAGGACUCAGAUCUGCCAGACUCAUCAUUAUGUGACUCAACUUCUCCUUGUGAAUCUCAAAAUUCUCAUAAAAAGCUGAAGCGAAUCCUAGAGAGCAAAGAAACUGCAAAUGGAGAUUAUAACAAAGAAAGUGCGGAAAUCACAGAUAAAAUAGAAUUGUUGCGAUUAUCCAACUCAAUGGAAUGGCAAGUUGAUGAGAAGCAUAGUAUAUCAGAUUGGAAACCUUUAGAGAAAGAUUUAUAUUUGAAGGGAAUUGAAAUGUUUGGGAGAAACAGUUGUCUUAUAUUUCGAAACUUACUUUCUGGAUUCAAGACUUGCACGGAAAUAGCCAGCUACAUGCGUGUUGAAGAAGCGGCCCGUAGAUCCAUAGAUGAAAAUGGAAAAUUUGAUGCAAAGUGCACUGACCAUGAGAUGCGAUCAAGUUUAAGGUCAUCUAAAAAAAAAGGAAAGAGCAAGCAAUUCAAAUAUUUACCAAAGACUCCACGCCUCAAGCCGAAUAGAAUUAAUGCUGGAGGAAACAUACUCCUUACGCAUUAUAGACCUUGUGAGUGUCAAGGAAAGUGUGGGAAACAAUGUUCUUGUCGUCUUAAUGGAUAUUGCUGUGAAAAGUAUUGCGGGUGUGCUAAACUAUGCGGAAAUCGGUUCAGAGGAUGCCAUUGUGUUAUAACUCAAUGCAGAAAACGAAACUGUCCAUGCUUUGCAGCAAAUCGGGAAUGUGACCCAGAUGUCUGUAGAAAUUGUUGGGUUAGUUGUGGUGAUGGUUCAUCAGGAGAGCCACCUCAUCAUGGAGAAAAUGAAUGUGAAAACAUGAAUCUUUCUUUAGGGAAAAAACAAAGGAUUCUUUUAGCCAAGUCUGAUGUUGCUGGAUGGGGAGCCUUCUUAAAGAAUCCUGCCAACAAAGAUGAUUUUUUAGGAGAGUAUACAGGUGAAUUAAUAUCUCAUACAGAAGCAGAGAAGCGUGGUAAAUUGUAUGAGCGUGCAGACUUCUCUUUUCUUUUUGACUUGGAUGAUGAGUAUGUUAUUGAUGCUUAUCGCAAAGGAGAUAAGUUAAAAUUUGCAAACCACUCCUCAAAACCCAACUGUUAUGCAAAGGGUAUGUUUGUUCGUGGAGACCAUCGAGUAGGCAUAUUUGCUGGGGAACGCAUUGAAGCUGGUGAGGAACUUUUCUAUGAUUACAAGUAUGCUGCAAAUCACAGAGCACCUGCAUGGUUUGUUAAAGCCAAUAAUGCUGCCAAGAAAAAAGAACUUGCAAAUUCUCAUGGCAAAGCCAAGAAACGCUAGUCUCGUUCAUUCAUCACUGUGUUUCACUAUUUUAUAGUCCAAAUUGUACCAUAUCUUCUCUCCGUCAACAACUAUCCUAUGGAAAAUACUCAUCUUAUACUGCUACAUACUAAAGAUAUACUAAAUUGCACUGCAUAAAGGUGAGUGUGAUAACUCAACUGACAUGGGUUAAGGGGAGUGUGAUAACUCAACCGACAUGGGUUACUUGAGUUAAA